AUGACAGGACGAGUUCUUCGAUCUUUAAUGCAUCGAUCUUUAACACCAUUUUUUCCUGUUUUACGAUUGAUGGGUGCUGUACCAGGUGAACCAAAAAGUGCAUUAUCAUUAUUAAAAAGUGGAUUUUGGGUAGGUGUGAUGCCAGGUGGGGCUGAUGAAGGUAUGGUUGGUCAUGAAAAUGCAUAUAAAGUGUGUUGGCCUAAAAAACGAAAAGGUUUUGCUCAUAUUGCUAUUGACGCUGAUGUACCCAUUAUUCCCAUAUGCAUAUCGAAUGUUGAUGAAAUGCGUUGGAAUCCAAUACUUUGGAUUUGGAAUCUUUUAGGACUUGGUCGUUUAUUUGCUUAUAUUCUUAACUUAAAUAUUCCAUAUCUUAGUCCAGUUUUACUUCUAUUAGCUUCAACUGUAUGGUUUCUAUCAACAUUUAUUCAAAUCCCAAUUCCAGCUAAAAUAACUUUUCAUGUUGGUGAUCCUGUGCAAUAUGAUAUGUCAAAAGAUUCGAUUGAUGAUGUAGUUGAACGAGCUAGAAUUGCAUUACAAUCAUUGAUUAAUCGUCAUCAACCACAUGGAAAAUCCUAUUCAAAUGCUGUUCAAGAAAGAUUUCAAUGUUUAAUGAAACAAUGGAAAAAAUAUUAA